AUGGAAGCUGUGAUUUUCCUGACCUCUGUCACCUUCAUUGUCGCGGUGGGAAGUGCCAUUAUACAAGGGGUCUCCUUUUGGAAACGCUACCGAGUCCGCCUGCAAGUCACAAGCAAGCCGUUGACUCCAGCUCACUGCGUAGACAUGGAGGGCUCAGACAUUGAAGCGAACACGCCCAUCCAAGGCUCGCGGCCACUGUACUACUCACGGUUGGGUAGUCGGACUCCACGGAGAUGGCCGGAGUAUACAGAUCGACGAUUUCAACCAGUCCACUUUGGAAGAGCCAUGUCUGACUAUUCCUUCGCCCGAUUUCAAAUCCCCGAGGUCCCAGAAGCCGGGACAAUCCAUCAUAUGCCUCUCCACUCUUCGAUGAUUCCAGCCACACCUCCCCUCUCAGCCACUCCGCUCGCCGCCGCGGCACCUGAGGCACCCAUACAUGACUAA